UUCCCACGUUGCGUUGUUACACAGUGACUCUGCAUGAAGACGACUCCACCCUUAUCAGAACCCAGACCCGUUACAAGUACAGAGUGAUUCCAGAUGACAACAUUUAAUGGAGUUCAAGUCUCCCCUACAGAAGCCUCAGAGCUUGAAGAGAGAAACUCCUCGGUAUCGGGCAGUGACGCCGAGAACGAUGACGCCGGCACUGUAGAUACUCUCGACGACAAUGGGAAUCCAAGCAAGAAGAGGAAACGAUCUUUAAAGAUCUCCUGCGAGCUCUGCAAGACAAGGAAGGUCAAAUGCGACCGCGUCGAACCUGCCUGUGGCUGGUGUGCACGCAACAAUCGAAUAUGCGUCUACAAAGAACGACAGAAACCCGGCCUUCGUGUAGGCUAUGGCCGCGAGCUCGAGGAGAAAAUCAACCGCCUCGAAGCCCUUCUCCAGGUCAUGGGCCGUCGGCUCGAAGAGCAUAUUGUCGACCAUAGCGACGGCUCACAACACCGACCAACUCCUCUGCGCUUGACCUCUCAACCAAUGCAGUAUUCAACAAGUUACUCGCAGAAUGACCCACGUCCGUCAAGCGCCAGUAUGGCUUCUCAAGACACUCCCACUGCCGACCCUCGUUGGGUUCCGUCCAAUGCCUACGAACGCAUGCAAUAUCCUCCCCGUGCUCAGGAUGCCAUGUCCAUCCGCUCGGUUGUUGAUACGAGUGGUCACGAUCUAGCCUCUCGGAGCGACAGAGCAGCCUCGACAGCAUGGUACCCAACUUCAACUCCUACAGCGUUGAUUCCUGAAUCGGAGCUUCCUCCAUAUGAUCUACUGUACACUCUAGUGGACUUGUACUUCAAGCACGUCAAUCCAUGGUCCCCAAUUCUCGACCGCAAAGCUACCUUGGACGCCUUUUUCGGUUCCCAGUCCAUGGACGAAGCAGACCGAGUGCUUAUGCACGCCGUCGUUGCCACAACCUUACGAUUUUCCAAGGACCCACGCUUGACCCCAGAGUCACGAACACAAUUCCACGACAUCUCACGGCAGAAAAUCACGCUCUACGCACUUGAUAAUCCCAAUGUACGCGCCCUCCAAGCCCUAGUCAUCCUGUCUGUCGAUAUUCUGGGAACCUCAAACGGCCAGCAGGGCUGGAAUCUGCUCGCCCUGAUCGCACGGAACGUUGUCCAACUAGGCCUCGAGGUCGAAAAGGGCGCAUACCUCGAAUCUUCCACCGCGUACCCGUCUGCAACACUCCUUGAAGCAUCGCAGCCUAAGUCGUGGAUCGAGAGUGAAGAACGACGGCGAUUAUGCUGGAUGACGUUCGUUCUCGACCGCUACGCCACAGUCGCCACAGCCGACGCUUUUAUCUUGGACGAACGGGAAAUGGACCGCUGUCUCCCUUGUCGAUACGACCUGUUCUCCCGUAACGAGCCCGUCGAAACGCGAUGGCGCCGUCGAACCGCCUUACAAGCCGAGAUGAUCGUCAACAAGCCCGAAAAUUUGGGUAGUUUCUCAUACCAUUGCGAGGUGCUAGGCAUUCUUAGCCGCAUCCAUCGCUUCCUGCAUCAACCACUCGACAUUACUCGCCACCCGGACAUUCAGCACUGGCGCGAAACCUACCGCGAACUCGACGGCGAAUUGAAUAACUGGUUACAGAACCUGCCUGGAGAGUAUGGCAAGAUCUCGCAACUAUGCCACUCGGACCCAGGAAGCCGGAUCUCCAAUUGGAUCAUGCUUCACGCUGCUUUCGUGACAUCCGUCAUCCGCCUGCACUCGUCGGCGGCGUAUCCGACCAUCAAAUCUCCUGUGUUUACGCCCUCGUACCAUGCUAUUCAGCGGUGUCUAGGGGCAGUGGAGAGUCUGCGGGAAAUAGCGCAGGAUGUGCUUAACACCGGCAUGCUCUCUCUGCUGGGCCACCCUUUUGCGUUCGCACUCUGGGUGUCCGCAAGAGCUUUGCUCGUGCACGCCGCGACCAUGGAGUGUGAAAUCGAUCCGAAAAUCACCUUCUUCAUAUCCACGCUGGAACAAAUGGGCCAGCAUUGGCAGGUUGCAAGAGAAUAUGCUCGAAUACUGAACAACGUUGUGCAAGAAGGUAGUACCGGGUCCGGCAGGACAUUUACCGCCAUGAGAAGAACGGCAUACGAGUUGAAUAUCUUGAUCUCCAAGGGUCCUCGAUCUGUCCUUGAUCCUGUAACGACGCACACUGCGCCACAGAACGAGGUCGAGUACCUUGAGAUCUUCGACUUCUUCAACUAUCCCCGCUUGAACGCCAUCGCUGGCAACGGGUUUGAUCCUGCUGUGGUGGUUUCUCCAGCUGGUGGUCCUCCAACUCAACAACAGCAGCCGUUCCGAGCCACUCCGGCAUUCGCCAUCCCGAAUCCAGAGUCGGAUUGGUUGAUAUUCAAGCCGCCGUACGAAUAGUGAAGUGGGUGUCAACUGUAGUGUUAUAUGUAUGAGAUAUCAACCGAGACUCUUGCUGUUGUUCGCAAAAUAUGCUUUCCGUGC